CGUAAAGUGAAAGUAAAAUGAAUCCAGGGCCCUACACUACUGAUCAAGGCUGGGUACAGGUACUAAAAUACAUGAAGUCUACAGGUCAGUUCAUCUCGAUACUUCAAAACUCCUAAGAACAAAUCCUGUGAGUUGGUCUUCCGGUGAGUUGGAGAGGAAUGAGGAACCAUGGCAAAGUUUGAACACUUUAUAUGGACUAUACAUUUUAUACUUCUCAACAAUGAACCCUGUUUCACAUAUGAUCACCUCAUCUAUAAAAUAGGUGAUAGAUAUUGCAUAAUGUGUAGGCCUGGAUAUCGUGUAAAUAGGCAUUGUACUAAAUCUACACAUACACCUUCCUGUGUUCUCUGUAUUGACUCCACGUUCCUUGAUGAGCCCAGUGGUAAAACAACAUGCAACGACUGUACCACAUGUGAUCCAGGUUUGGGUUUGAUGGUAAAGCAGUCAUGUACACCUUCAUCAGACACUGUCUGUGGGACACUGGAGGGGUUCUACUGUCUAGACCCAACUAAGGAUGGUUGUAGAGCAGCCCAGAGACACAGCAGCUGUAAACCUGGUCAAUACAUCAGCCAUACAGGAACAACAUCUACAGAUACUGUGUGUUCUGACUGCCCUGGUAAAACUUAUUCAGAUGGAUCAUUAACAUCUUGUCAGGAUUCUACACCACAUUCAAUUGUAGAGUAAAGAAAUGAAACACAUUGAAACCCAACCUCCAGUAGGAAGAAUGUGACUUCUAGAUACCUGUUGGGAGAGGACCACUGUGUCUUUGUAUCAUAUGGGGAUGUUUGAAACGUACUCCUCAGCCUGAACUGUUCCCACUUGUGUCAGCGAAUAACUAGCUUUUCAUGUGGGCGCCACUGGUAAGAUGCUUCGGGAGGGCGGAAACAUAUCAGCUUCUGUCUACAGCCUACAGACUGGUCUAAAAUGAAAAGGACCAUGUGAUGAGUAUAAAUUAGCUUCACCUUGCUAGGAAACAGAUUUAGAAGCUGUUUCCCCUCUUCCUAGGGGAAAGUCAUGUGUUCAUAACUUCAGGACCACAACGUCUGUCAGCCCAGACUAUGGAACUUCAAAUGGGACUUGAUAAUAUCUUGAGACACAGAUUACUGGAUACUGGUGCAGGAUGCACCGGUCUAAUGUCCAUUGCUUGUGUUUCUUGGCCCAAGCAAGUCUCUUCUUAUUGGUGUCCUGUAGUAGUGGUUUCUUUGCAGAAAUUCGACCAUGAAG